GGGUCGAGAUGUUCCAUGGACAUAUUGGCCUGAAAAUUCUCUUCCUCCUAGCAAGUUCUUGGGUGGCUUCCGGCCAGUUGCCCCUUCCCCGUCUUUACCUGGAGACGUCUUCUGACCGCCUCACUGAAGGGGAAUCUAUCAGGAUAUUUUGUGUGGCUCCUGGAGCCUACCUUGGGGCCUACUUCUAUUUGUUCAUGGUUGGCCAGACUCGGCCCAUGCAGGUGCUUCCUGCUCCAGAGACCCAGCACCAGGCGGCUUUCCUUCUGGAGAACGUGACCACCAGCAGGACAGGCCUAUACCGAUGCCAGUAUGGCGUACAAAACGGGAGCCGGUUGCAGCCCUCGGCGCUCAGCGAUCCUGUGGAAAUCAUCGUGGAGGGAUUUGGCCUGAGCACGCUCCCUCCAACUAGUCCUCCGGGGUCCGACUGUCAAGAUCCAUCCUGGAUUCUCCUCGCUGCCCUGGGGGUGACUGGAGUGCUGCUUCUGGGGAUGACACUGCUGGUGGCGGCGAUGGCACUUGGAGGCUUUAAGAAAAGAAGACAACAGAAGAAAAAGGAGCUGAACUCCUGCUGGACAGAAGGACGGCGCUGCCCAACAGAGCUGUCCUUUGAUAACUGCGUGUUCACGAUCGCACCGAAGAAAAGAGACCAGGAAGCCGCAGAGAGCCAUCGGGAUGCCCAGCCAGACUUCUUCACUUUCAGAGCAUCGGAAUGACCUCCGGCUUGCCCCCUUGCCUCCCUUAUGGCCA